AUGGCGAAGGAUCGCCAUCAACUGAUGUCUAACCAACCACUAUUUGCAAGCUAUGAGACCGUAGUCAAACGCUGGCCCGUUAUAUUGACGGGAAUCAUCGACAACAUCUACCGAAUCAAUCACGGUCUAAGCGUAGCGCAAUCAGAAGGAGAUGACAAUGAAGAAACCGCUACUGAGAAAGAGAAAAUAGAGGAGGGCAAAAACUUGAUAGAGACGAUCAGCAAGCUGAAGUAUGAGAUGGGCAGAGAUCGGCCUCUCGAGCCAAUAGCAAACGAUGGCGAAUCUAUGGCGGGGACAUACAAUACCGAGUUGGCACGCUUGACAGAGCAGGGCAAGGGAACAUGGUUCACUGCUCCAUGGCUUUACGCAGAAUGUUACCUGUACCGCUUGCUGCGCUCCUACUUUUCACAAACGAAACACUGGGCUUCUCACGACCCGUUCCAAGCUCAGAAACAAGAGACCUUCCGGAAGAGCUCUCAGGCCAUAUUUCAACUUGCGACCACGAUGCAUGAGCUUGAGCGCGACAAAGCAAGGCUGGCGUCUGAUUCUCAGAACCUGAAUGUUAUAUUCAAGGAGAUGAUUCAGAUGUGUCUCUGGGGCAAUGCCACGGAUCUAUCACUACUCACUCAGAUGUCUCAUGAGGACAUUCAGCACCUGCAAUCUGUCGGAAAAGAUGCACAGGCCGCAAGGAAGGAGUAUAUUCUAACAGAUGAUCAAGACAAAGUAUGGUCGCACCUCGUUAACCUCAAAGAUGCGAGGAUAGAUUUUGUGCUAGAUAAUGCCGGUUUCGAGCUGUUCACGGACUUCGUAUUUGCUGAUUUCCUCGUGACAUACACCCCGCAUGUCUCACAAGUCGUCUUCCACCCGAAGAUGAUCCCAUGGUUUGUGUCGGACGUAACGCCGCCUGACUUCAAGUCCGCGAUCUCAUCCUUGCUCUCACCGACGUUCUUCCCUGAGUUGGAGUCCGACGUGCAGACAUCCUCUCUCGCCGCGUCCUCAAUCGUGCAAGAUGCUACUAUCGUAUCAACACCGAAGGAAUUGCCCGAGUCUCGCCAGCAUCUGAAGGACAUGGUAACGCGGUGGGCUGGCUAUCUGGAAAGCGGCGUAUUCACACUUUCUGUGUCACCUGAAACGCCGCUCGGCGCUUCUAACCCAAAGGUCGACUUCUGGACAUCUCCUUACCCGUACUGGAACAUGCAAGAACUAGCACCAGAAGUAUUUGGAAGUCUGAAGGACAGUGGAUUGGUCAUAUUCAAGGGCGAUCUCAACUUCCGGAAAUUGACAGGAGACGUGAAGUGGCCUGCCCACACCCCGUUUGAGACAGCAGUUGGCCCGCUCCGGGGUGCAUUCCCGGUCUUGAGCUUGCGGACGAACAAAGCGGACGUCGUGGUUGGAGUUGAGCAGGAGACCGCGGAGAGGCUAGACAAGAGUGGGGAGAAGUGGAGGUACAACGGAAAAUAUGCACUGGUGUUGUUCUUGCCACGGGACUGA